AUGGACAGUCAAUUGCAACAAGAUCUAUGGAAAAUCGCCCAGGGACCAUGGGAAUCCGGCGUUCUUCCCAGCGCAGAGAAUCUAGCACGAGCAAGAGCGUCUCUUCCAACCGCACUUCCAGAUACUGGAUCCAGCCUGGAGUCUGUCCAACGACACAUCAUAGAUGAGAUUGUACCUGCUUUCAAUGGAGGCAGCCUCAGCGCCAAUUAUUAUGGCUUUAUCACCGGCGGAACGACGCCGGCAGCACUGUUUGCCGACAAUGUUGUGUCUGCUUAUGACCAGAACGUUCAGGUGCAUCUUCCCAACCACUCUAUUGUCACGGAUGUGGAGUACAAUGCACUCGGUCUGCUAUUAGAUCUUUUCCGUUUGGAUCGCUCUUCCUGGCAUAAUGGAACGUUCACCACUGGCGCUACGGGGAGUAACAUCCUUGGCUUAGCCUGUGGACGCGAAUUUGUCCUGCAAAAGGCAGCUGAGAGGAAAGGGAUUGAACGUCAGAGCGUUGGGGAGUACGGCUUAUUUGAGGUGUUGAAUGCAUUGGGUCUUUCUGGUGUACAAGUCCUGUCAACCCUUCCGCACUCUUCUCUAGUCAAGGCAGCCGGUAUUUUGGGCAUUGGCCGUUCCAAUGUACACAACAUUUGCCGGACUGAUGAUCCCCUUCGCUUUGAUAUCGAGAAACUGGAGAAAGAGCUCGCGAGGCCAGAUAAAGUGAGCAUUGUCGCUAUUUCAUGCGGCGAGGUCAAUACUGGCCGCUUUGCAACGAGUGGCGAAGACCUAAGACGGAUUCGCCAGCUUUGUGACAGAUACGGAGCCUGGAUGCAUGCUGAUGGCGCCUUUGGUAUCUUUGCUCGGGUCCUGGAGGACAAGCCUGAAUUCGCAACCAUCAAAAGGGGCAGCGAAGGAAUAGAACUGGUCGACUCCAUUACCGGUGACGGCCACAAACUGCUCAACGUUCCCUAUGAUUGUGGCUUUUUCUUCUCGCGGCAUCCAGAUGUGGCAACACAAGUCUUCCAAAAUGCAAACGCCGCCUACUUGACUGCCGGAAACUCCGAUGGCCCUUCUAUCCCUUCGCCAUUGAACAUUGGGCUCGAGAAUUCUCGUCGCUUCCGAGCAUUGCCCGUCUAUGCCACCCUCUUGUCCUAUGGCAAGUCUGGUUACCAAGAAAUGCUCGGUCGCCAGAUUGCGCUUGCGAGAAAGAUCAAUGGCUGGAUCUUCGAUCAUGCUGGAUAUACCGCUUUGCCGAAAGCAUCCUCAAAGACUGAAUUGCUUGAUCAAACAUUCAUGUCCGUUCUGUUCCGGGCUAACGACGAAGAACUAAACAGUAGCUUGGCGCAGAAGAUUAAUGAUAGCUCUCGCAUGUUUGUCUCUGGUACCAGCUGGGAUGGUGCUCCAGCUUGCCGCAUCGCAAUUUCAAAUUGGCGAGUUGACGUGGAGCGAGAUUUCGCUUUGGUGUCCGAGGUGCUAGCCAAGGUCGCCCAAGUAUAG